UCCAUACCAGGAUGCUGCUUGCUUUUCUUCCUAUUCCCCUGACUAUCAGGGAGUGAAGGAAAACUAUACAGAUUUUGUGAAUCACUUCUCUGUUCCUCCCCUCACGAGCCAGGAGCAAGAGGCAUGCACACAAGCCAUGUCCUUUCCCCUCACUCCCUGAUAGCCAGAGGAAUGGGGGAAAAAGCAAGCAGCAUCCCAGUACCCACGGCUGCUGCCCCCACUGCUCUCCCGCAAUGGUGCCCUUGUUUGGGAGCCAUGUUUCUCAUGCAGGCUCUUACAGAUCAAAGAACCUGGAGUACCUCUGAAUGGUCAGAUAGCAGGUCCACUGGUCCAUCUUCUUUGCUCAUUUGACUUCAUAGUUAUCUGUUACUUGAGAACAAGCAAUGGGAAGGCUGAUGCUCUGUCCCAUAAGGAUGAAUACUGGAAAAAUGGUGGGGAGAUUCCUUCCACGAUUCUCAAGACAGCCAGUUUUAUCAAUAGCACAGUGGAGAAUAGUCUGUUGUCAAUUUAUUCCUUGUUGACAAGCAACCUCUUCAUUGGUCAGAUCUGCCAGACCCUGGGUAAUGUGGUGCCUCAUCAGCCCCUGUCUUCAAGUUCCAAGACGUAGAUCUCUACCACAAGGACUGUAUUUACAUAUAAGAUCUUCAGAUUCUGAGGAUAUACCAUGUUAAGCAGACAGGGGGCUGCAUACAGGGGAGUUUAAGAGGGAGAGCAAGAGAUCCCACCACUGAACAGGCUGCCAAGUAACUGUACUAGCUUUUGGUGUGAGUGAGUUUGCUCGACUGUUUGAAUUUGAAUUUUGAUUCUGAUUUCAGGUAAUUUCAGUUUCAGUUACUGUGGCACUUGGGAUUGUCUGUCUGGGAGUAUUUAAUCCUUCGUUCCCUUGAUUGCCAUGGAUCAGCCUUCCCCUGUGGCUAACAAGAGAUAGGCCUAACCUAGGUGUGAGGAGGUUUUAAAAGCCAGAGGCAGAAUGACCAGGGGAGUGAAGCAGAUAGGGGCUGCAGACAGAGAGUUUGAAAGAGGGAAAGCUACUAUGGUCAGGAAGACCCGCAACACCGGUGCCAGCACUGCUCCUGUCUCCUCUGCCUUUGCAUGUAACCAGACAGACCACUUGAUCAUGGAUGACUCUACCCAAAUCCUGGUGUGGUUUUGCAGGGACAGUAGCUUUCAAUUCCCACUUUCUGAAAUCCAGGCUGGGGGAACCAUCGAAUGUGAAAGAUGCCUGCUGGGGAAUCUCUCAGGAAGCAGGUGAGAGAGCUAUAGGAGGAGGUGGCUAGGCUGAGGAGCAUCUGAAUCCAUGAGCAAUUCCCAGACUGUAUUCAUGUGCAGACAGCUGAGGUUAAUGUAGCUGUCCCACUACAAAAGGCCACUGACACAUCACUGGUGGAGGAGGAGAUGACUCGGGGCAUACUGACAGCUGGUCAUUUCUGGCAGCAGGCAGUGCUCUACCCCUACUCCCAACCCUCCCACCUUGGUACUGGAGAACUGUUACUCUGUUCUUGAUACAGGAAAUAAGGAAUCAACCCCAAAGCGGAAGAGGAGAAGCCUUUUACCCCCAAGUCUGGGAAGUCUGCUGCCACCACUGAGAGAAGGAAAUAGAGAAGUGGUGGUCAGAGACUCUUUUCUAAGGGGGACGAAGGCUCCCAUCAGGUUGCCCUGACAUGUCAUCUCAGGAGGCAUGCUGCCUGCCAGGGGCCUUGUAGUGGGUUAGACAUGCCCCCCACUACCAUAAGGGAGAAAAUACCCCUCCGGAAGCCAUUUUGGGCGCAGCCUAGCCCUGCCCCAUCACCUGACUGGAAGGUAAGGAAUGUGGCUAGGACUAUAAGAACUGUGCCAGGGAGCUCAGUCUGGGUCCAGCCUCUGAGGGACACAGAGGCCUGUCCAGAGCUCCUGGCUGGGGAGGCUAAGACCUGUCCUAGGCCUCCCACCGCUGCCUCCCCUAAGGCCAGCAAAGACUUCCCUGUCAGGGCCGCUAAGGCCUGUCCAAGUUGGCCAGCAGAGCUACCCUCUGAUUCAGAGGAACCCGGGGCUCUGCUGGUACCUGGGGAUGCAGAGGACUGGCCUGAGCACAAAGUCCUGCUCAAGCCCUGAGGCCUGUGGACACCCAGGGACCCUGAGGGCUUGCCAGAACCGGUGGACCGGCUGGAACCCCGAUGCCUGCCUGAACCCUGGGGCCUGGUGAACCCGCUGGACGCUGCAAGGUUCCAACCCACCGAAGCCUGAAUUGGGCCGCCUGGACCCUGCUGGGACGACACCGCCCUCGACUCCCUGACUGACCUGCCGGAGACACAGGUCCCAUAAGCAGUGUCUUGGUGAACAAAUAUGGUAGUCGGCCAGUGAUGAUAGCAGGAGGUAUAUUGUGUUCAUUUGGAAUGAUUGCUUCCUCUUUCUGCAACAGCGUCCUGGAGCUAUACAUAUGUGUAGGAAUGGUUGGAGGUCUUGGCCUAGCCUUCAACUUGCAGCCUGCCUUGACUAUGAUUGGAAAAUAUUUCUAUAAGAAGCGUCCCAUUGCUAAUGGACUGGCCAUGGCUGGAAGUCCAGUGUUUUUGAGCACACUGGCACCUCUCAAUCAAUUCCUCUUUAAUGUAUUUGGAUGGAAAGGAAGCUUUCUCAUUCUGGGAGGACUUCUUCUGAACUGCUGUGUGGCUGGGUCACUUAUGAGACCUGUUGAACCAAAACAAAUUCCUCCUGUGAAAAAAGAUGUUGAGAAGGGAGCAGGAGAUACUGACUUGCACAUAAAUAACAAGAAAUCAUUCUGGCAAACCCUGAAUAAAUACUUAGAUUUAUCUCUCUUUAAACAUAGAGGAUUUCAAGUUUAUUUGUCAGGAAAUGUUAUUAUGUUUGUUGGCUUCUUUGCCCCAAUAGUAUUCUUAGCUCCUUAUGCCAAACACAAGGGAAUUGAUGAAUAUUCAGCUGCUUUUCUGCUGUCUAUCCUAGCUUUUGUAGACAUGUUUGCUAGGCCUUCAAUGGGACUUGUCGCAAACUCCAAAUAUAUCCGGCCCAAAAUCCAAUAUUUCUUUAGUUUUGCUGUCUUGUACAAUGGCAUAUGUCAUAUCAUGUGCCCACUGGCAGAGGACUAUACAGGCCUGGUGGCCUAUGCUGUACUUUUUGGGUUAGCUUUUGGAAUGGUUAGCAGUGUCCUUUUUGAAUCGUUGAUGGAUCUCGUUGGUGCUGCCAGGUUUUCCAGUGCAGUGGGACUUGUCACAGUUGUGGAGUGCUGCCCUGUUCUCAUAGGCCCCCCUCUAGGAGGUUGGUUGGUGGAUAUAACUGGAGAAUAUAAAUAUAUGUAUAUUGUCUGUGGAUCAAUUGUGAUUGUGGCAAGCAUUUGGUUAUUCAUCGGUAAUGCCAUCAACUACAGGCUUUUGGCAAAAGAAAAGAAGUUAGAAGAUGAAAAACAGAAAGCAUUAAAGAAUGCUGAUCCCAAGGAAGCAGAACCUUUGACCAACAAUGAGAACGAGGAGGCUGCCAACAGGGCUGACAAAGUACUCAAUGAUACUUCAGAAAGGGAAACUAAUAUUUAAUAUGAAAUAUGGCUCAGAUGUCAAUGUUUUUGACUUCUAUUAUGAGUAUUUUGUUGAGAUAUAGGCCAGGUUUUGUAGAAAUAAUGAUCAGCCAGAAUACUGGAUGAGAACAAAAAUUUGCCCAGUGCCAGGAUUCCAGACAAAUUGCCAUCUACAGUUUGUUUAUUUAUUUUGGUGAUGAGAAUUGUAGGUUUCAGAGACAACGACUCUAUUCCCAUGAGUCCUCAUGUGCUAUGACUAUGGGCAAUAUAGGUCAGAUAAAGUUAGACUUUACGGUCUUCCAUGACAAAUUAUCUUGUUCCAAAAUAACUUCUAAUGCAACAGUAUGUGUUUAGUCUUGUUUCAGAAGCCAUCUGUCUUAACCCUCAGGACUGCCAGUGCCUGUCAACUUCUGCCCACCAAAAUAUUUUGUCCUCUGGUCACAUAUUUAAGCAGUUACUUUUUAACUCUGAGAACACUCAGGCUGCAUAAAUACAAACUGGCUUAAAAAGCUGUGUGUAUUAAAAAAGAAAAGAUGAACAUGUCAGUGGUACAUAGCUUGUAAGGCUAGUUAACAUUUCAUUCACUAGAUACGUAGACUUAAAUUAAUGAGAGAGACUAACUGGUUCAGGGGAUAGGAAUGGUUCAGCUUUUUAUCUCUCAUGACCUAAUCCAAUAUCCACUAAAGUCAAAGUGAGUCUUUUCAUUAAUUUCAGUGGGCUUUGGAUCAAUCAGUCCUUUGGUAAUUAAUUCAAAUCACAGCCAUAUGUUUAUUCGCAGAAGGUCAUUAUCUUUGAUAGCCUAUGCAAAAGGAAUUUUAAGACUUAACUUUGGGUCCUUGUGCCCAGGUAACCUAAUUACAAUUCUCAUCUACCCUCCCAACACAAGUCAAAACUAACUCCUUUGUUGACUGUAUGAGCAGAAAGGCCAAGAACUGAACCUUCUGUAAAAUAAUUGAGACAUACUGACAGUGCAAGGUGGGAAACCUGGCAUUGUUACUGCCUGUGGUAACUUUUUCUUUUUUUUACUGGAUUUUGGUUUUGUAUCAGUAUUGCAUAAAAUGCACAUUCAAUUUCAAUUGAAAAAAACAUUUUUUCUUAAAGGAGUACAAAAGUACAAAUAUUAAACAGUAUCUGCUUAUGAUUUCUCUUGAAAGUUAAUACUGAAAGCUAAUUUAAUGUUUGUAGAAGUUUCAAAAUGAUGGCAUGUGAAAUUAAAAUAUUUCUGUUUUAUUUAGGUGAGUAAAGAAAGGUGCUAUUCAUAAAUAUCGAAGGCAGGCACCUCCAUAUGCAUGCAUCUCAAAUUGUGAAAAUUAAAGGGCUGAUUCAUGCAACAUUUGUGAACUAGUUAUACACUAUUGACACUUGAUUCAGAAAAAAAACAUGCUAUUUUGCAGUACAUUUUAACACAUCCCUUUUUAUGAACAUAUUAAACAGACUGAUAAACUAAACAGAAGAUGAACUUUCAGAUACAUUUAUCAUAUAACAUAAAUAAAUAAUUAAAUCUGUGAAAAAUUGGGAAGUUGUGUGUACAUUUAAGGUAGACUUGCCCUAAUACUCUUGUUUAAUUUGAUUAUUUACAUCAGGGUUUUGGGGUUUUUUUGCUUUUGAUGUACUAUUAUAUUUAAUCUACAAUGUAUUGCAUAGCAGAAGCAACACGUUGUCCUUCCUUUCAACAAUUCAGCAUUGUUUUCAGUAGUAUACUAAAUCCACUUCCAAUGCUGUGCAGGAAGGUAAAUUGACAUUUUCCAAUGCUCUUUCAGCAAAGCUGGACAAUUAAGAGAAAAAUCUAGUGAUUUUAUAGGAAUCUCAGUAAUGUCUAAUGCACAGGACAAGCAAAUCUUGAAGAAAAAAAACCCCAUUGUUACUCACUUUGGGCUGAAUUAAGAGUAGAUUCAGUGCUGUGUAAUAGGUAGUCAUGGCUAUGUCCCCACAGGGGGUUGGUCACAGUUCCUGCACUGCCUUGCCUUACUUCCAAAGAUCAAAACAUUGGAAUAAGCUAAACUGUGCCUAAGGGCCACACAGUGGAAUCCUUACUUAUGCUAAGAAGUACCUUAUUUCUUAAGUAGUACUAUUAGUAACUUUUUUAGUGUUCUGCACCUCUUUUUGCUCCUAAUUCUGGGAAACACUAAGCAACUCCCUCUUUAUUUUGGAAAUGAAGGGUGCUGAGCAUAGUACUAUUAAACAGGUCUCAGAACCUUCCUGGAUGAGGCCUUUUGAUUCUCAGAUUGGUGACAAAUGGGUCAUUUGGCAUUUUCCUUAUUAAUAUUUUCUCCCUCCAUUGUCUUAUGAAACUACUAACCAAAGUGGUGUAAUCUAUAGGAAAAAGGUGCUUUUCAUCUUCAUAAAUGGAAAAUACUCAAUAUCAGCAGCAAAUAGACAAGCCCUUUACUUGAUUAAACUGAUUUCUGAAGCACUGGAUAAUAGCUUUCAGAAUAAACAGGUGAUGAUUUCUGUCCAAGAGCACUUAGGUUAGUGCUGCCCUUGGCUUCUUUUUGUCGGACCUCUGCCAUAGAGUUAGUCUCCCUUGAUGCACGUCAGUUUGGGUUCUCAUAUUACACAGGUGUAAUAUAAGAAUAACAUAAGAGUGGCCAUACUGAGUCAGACCAAAUGUCCAUCUAGUCCAGUAUCCUAUCUUCCAACAGUGGCCAAUCCCAGAGGUGUCCCAGAGGGAGUGAACAGAACAGGUAA